CAAGGAGAGGGAUCGCCAGCUCCGCCCGUUUCCGUGGACGCAGCAAGGAAGCGCGGAUGGACGGAUCGGUCUCAGUACCUCCGCUCCCGCUGCGCGAUGCGUCCGUCGCCUAAUUGCCGUCCACAGCAAACGGAGGAGACGUGCCGGUGCCGCCGCCGCGCCGGUGCGGCCCGCCCGGCAUAUAACAACCACCUGCUUCUCAGCAGCCGCUAGCUCCAGCCUACUCACCAUGAUGGCUUUCUUCGUCGUCCAGCGAGGCUCCAGCCAACUCACGCCGCUCCUCGCGCUCGCGCUCCUCGGCCUGCUGCGCUGCGCCGCCGUCUCGUGCUCGGCGGCGGCGGCGGCGACGACGCUGCUGCACCGCGAGAGCUACGCGGGCAAGUCGGAGUUCAGGACGGUGAACCGCAAGCCGCUGGGCUCCUGCGUCGACCCGAGCCCCUACCUGGCCAUCGAUGUCGGCGCCGCAGGCCCGAUCCCCGACGAGGCGUUCCUCCAGGUCACCGUCUCCGGCGUGCAAAGGCCCGACCCCUCCGACUGGGUCGCCAUGAUCACGCCUUCCAACUCCAGCGUUGCUGGGUGUCCUCUGAGUGAAGUGAACUACGUGGAGACCGGCGACCUGGCGAAUCUCCCGCUCCUCUGCCACUAUCCUGUCAAGGCCCAAUACCUGACAAGCGACCCCGGAUACCUGGGCUGCAAGAACGCCGGGUGCGGGAAGCGCGACGCGUCCGGCGCAUGCACGGCCCGGACCUGCGCCGCCACGCUCACCUUCCACGUCGUCAACUUCCGCACCGAUGUCGAGUUCGUGCUCUUCUCCGGCGGCUUCAAGGCGCCGUGCCUCCUCAAGCGGUCCGGCGCGCGCCGGUUCGCCAACCCCGCCAGCCCGCUCUACGGCCACCUCUCCAGCACCGACUCCAAGGCCACCUCGAUGAGGCUCACCUGGGUGAGUGGAGACGGGAAUCCUCAGCGCGUGCAGUAUGGAGACGGAAAGUCAUCUACUUCUGAAGUCGCAACGUUCACGCAGGAUGACAUGUGCAGUAUAUCCGUGCUGCCGAGCCCUGCCAAGGAUUUUGGCUGGCAUGACCCCGGCUAUAUCCACUCGGCCGUCAUGACUGGGCUUCAGCCAUCUCAGUCCUACACUUACCGCUACGGAAGUGAUUCUGUGGGCUGGAGUGACACAGUUAAAUUUAGAACUGCACCAGCCGCUGGUUCAGAUGAGCUAUCCUUUGUGAUCUAUGGUGAUAUGGGGAAGGCUCCACUGGACCCGUCUGUGGAACACUACAUUCAGCCUGGAUCGGUUUCUGUGGCCAAGGCAGUGGCUAAAGAGAUCCAAACAGGAAACGUGGACUCCAUUUUCCAUAUAGGAGACAUCAGCUAUGCCACAGGAUUCCUGGUCGAGUGGGACUUCUUCCUUCACCUCAUCACGCCACUGGCCUCUCAAGUUCCCUACAUGACAGCUAUUGGUAAUCACGAAAGGGAUUACGCGAGCUCUGCAUCUGUGUAUGUGACUCCUGAUUCAGGGGGUGAAUGUGGGGUUGCCUACGAAUCAUACUUCCCCAUGCCUGCUGUUAGUAAGGAUAAGCCAUGGUAUUCUAUUGAGCAAGGGACCGUUCACUUCAUUGUGAUGUCCACUGAGCAUGAGUGGUCGGAGAAGUCAGAGCAGUACAAUUGGAUGGACGAAGAUUUGUCAUCGGUUGAUAGAUCAAGAACACCGUGGGUGAUCUUCAUUGGACAUAGACCCAUGUAUUCCUCCCAUGGUGGUAUACUGCCCAACGUGGAUUCCAACUUUGUUGCCUCUGUUGAGCCACUCCUGCUCAACUACCAGGUGGAUCUGGUUUUCUUCGGCCAUGUACACAACUACGAGAGGACUUGUGCGGUAUACCAAGGCAAUUGCAAAGGCAUGCCAACGACGGACAAAAGUGGAAUUGACGUUUAUGACAACAGCAACUACACCGCACCUGUUCAUGUCAUUGUUGGAGCAGGAGGGUUCAGCUUGGACAGCUUCCCUAACAAAGGGGAGGCCUGGAGCUUAUCAAGGGUUUCGGAGUUUGGCUAUGGCAAGGUGCAUGCUACAAGAACCGAUAUGCUGGUUCAGUUUGUAAACUCAAGUUCGAUGGAGGUACGAGACCAAUUUAGGAUUGUGAAGGGAGCUCCGGCAAACAAGUCACUGAGCCUGAUAAUUCAAUAAUAGCUGUCGCUCACAACAGAAAGAAGAUUAACUGGACCUACUUCUCACCUUUUUUUGAAGAAUACUAUUUAUUUUUGUACUGUAAAUACCAUAUUAUUGUAUAGUAUAGAUGUUGUGUAUCUACAACAUUUACAUUAAUAAACGACCCUUGUUAAAAUA